AUGGCUCACGACAGCUCUUCAAACAACAACACGACCUUUUUCCAGGGGCUUGCAAACGGGGCCCGGAGGGUCCGAUCCCUGCACCUGGAUGAGUUGGAGAAGCUGGAAAAUCACUUGUGCGUUGAAGGGCCCGGUGGGCCUAUGCUAGGGGGUCACAGGCGUGACCGCACUAAAUUCACCAAAGAGCAGCUGAAAAUCCUCAUCGAUACCUUUAACCAAAUGCCAUACCCAGGCCAAGCUACCAAACAAAGGCUUGCUGUGGAAGUCAACGCCGAGGAGUCAAGAAUCCAGGUUUGGUUUCAGAAUCGCAGAGCUAGACACAAAUUCCAGGAAAGGACCUUGGAAUCAAGCCAAGGCCCUGGGCAAGAUCGCACCCGGGAACGGAUGCAAAGUGAGGCCCCGCGGUGCCGCACCACCUACAGCCGCUCUCAGCUGCACACCCUCAUCAGGGCCUUCAAGAACAACCCCUACCCUGGGAUCCACCGCAGAGAAGAGCUUGCCAAGGAGAUCGGCGUUCCCGAGUCCAGAGUCCAGAUUUGGUUUCAAAAUAGAAGAUCUAGAUUACGUGCACAGAGAAGAAAAGAACCUGAUGGAUCCCUCGGACGAGGCCAGGGAGAAGGUCUGUGA